AUGGAUGGUGGGGACUUAAAAGCUGGGGAAAAUGUGGAGAGGAAGCUGGAAGAUUUCAUCGAAGAAUCUAGGGCACGCGCGGAAGCGGCCGAAAAACGGCAGGCAGCGGUCGAAAAGAACUUAGAUCGGCUAAUUGAGCUGUUAAAUAAAACUGCGACCUUGCAAGCAGCAGCAGCGCCUCCAAGCCCGCAGCAGGCACCAGAGAGUUCUGAGACGAGUAGACAAAAGAUUGACUUUGCUGAGCUUAUGUUCCUGGAUAUGCACCUUCCAAGUUUAAGCGGUCGGGAAAAGUCGAGUGACAUAGCGAGAUUUUUCUAUAAGUUCAAGGCGGGAACAAAAAAUAUGUCCUCAUAUGAGAAAACAGAUCUCCUCGAAGCCAAGUUGAUUGAUCAGGCUGCGAAAAUUUUUGAGCACUGUAAACGUUCAGCAAAUAGCGAAGACUUUGACGAGAUCUUUGAAAGUUUCGAGAAGGAAGUGAAAGCUCGGACAUCUGAUAGCAAAGACUGGGCGUCUAUCUUUUUAAAACCUUUCUACAGGCGAUACGACAUGUCAAUGCGCGAAUAUGCAGACAAAAUUACAGACAUAACUAUCAGUGCGUUUGCGGGAGCUCCAAAGGAGAUCAUGGAAAGACAAAUGUUAUCUAAAUUUAUGAUCGGUCUCAAUCAUAGGGAAGCGGGUAAUGCCUUAGCGGCGGAAAAACACAAAAAUUUGCCAUUUGAAGAAAUGGUCCAGAUCGCCGUCAAUGUGUAUCAGUUUAAUAAAGACAAUGAACACCUAGUUCGCCCGCAACAGUCAAUUGAAGCUGACAGCAACUUCAGCAACCCUAACCCAGCGCUGCAAGACUUUCCGAGGAACUCUUUAACCACAGGCAACCGACAAUAUCCUGAGAUUCCGGGCGAUAAUAGAAAUUCAAGGGGUGAUCAAAAUCAGGAUUUUCAGAGCCCCGGCCUGCACUAAAUUCGCGCAAGCCAGAGCCGGGUAAAUACAACAACAGUAUUCAAGCGCGACCGCAGUGUUACUAUUGUCAUAGGGGAACUCACAUAGGAAAAGACUGUUAUAAAAGACGAGAUUACCUCGAGAAACAGAGAAAGAAAUCAUCAUGCACACACCCAAAUAACAAGGCGAAUAAAAGGUUCCCAACCUUAUCUCGAAUCAUUUCAGCAGGUCCAUGGAAUCCAAGAUCGAAUGCAAAUCCUGAAAUCAAGGAAAUCGAGAUCCUCAUGAUAAACAAGGUUGAGAACCGUAAAGACACCCAAGAGCGAAAAGCACGUCAGGAAACUUUCAGAACAUACUCAGAUCCCGAGAAAACGGACGAAAACGUCAGUGGAAUUGAAUUUGGAGAUCUUGAAACGUUAUUUGCUGAGCCAGAGAUUUCAGGUCGGCCUGCAAAAGUUCACCUACAGACGGACUACACCUUGGAACUGUCAAAAUCUGUAUUCAUGAGUUGGAGUCACGAGCAGGAAAGGAAAUAUUUGGAUUUUGAAGAGAUAUUGGAUAACUCCGUCUAUAAAAAAUGGUUCAAUACUCAAGUCCCUGAAGAACGGUGUUCAAAAAUUGGUGUUAGCCUUCGAAGAGCGAAUAAUUUUGGGAUUUCUGACAAAAUAAGUGAGUCAUUUCCCCUGGAAUUAGUGCCAAAAAUCGACAGUGUCAUUCAGAUCUCUGAUAUUUGUCAAAACGAUUGUGGGUUUCAGAAGUCAUUCCUUCCCGUCAAAGGUUGUAAAUUCAAGUUUUUGGAACAAAAUCAUAGUUUGAGUGGGGGAUUCGAUAAGAAGAGCUCGAUAGAGUGGUUUUGUUACUCGAGAAUUGAGGGGAAAGGCACAAAAUUCAAAUCUUUCGAAAUUAUGUGGACGUAUAUGGCAAAGUGUAUUGUCAAUUGCUAUUCAACCGUGGGAAUACCGUAUUUUAUUGCUAUUUGUUGUCUUAUUUCGAAGGUAUUUCUGUUUUUGAUUAACAAAUUUUCUGUUUAUUUAUUAUGUUCCGGUAAAAAGUCAAAUCUGAUGACAUUUUGGCCCUGUUUCAGGAAUGCGCAAAAGCUUUCUGAAAACGCCGGGACGUCGUUUGGUUAUUGAGGGGGGAGCCAGGGGUAUUUAGGAUAAUUUAGGGACUUCAUUUGACUUUUUAACUUUAUUUAUUUGCAGAUUUUGCCUUGUUUCUAUUUUUUGUUCCUUGGUGCCAAUCGCUAAUCCAAUCGCCAAUCCGAUCCCGCCAGUCCAAUCCCGCCAACCCGAACCCGACGAUGCCUCAUCCCGACUACCAACCCCAUUCUGAACCCCCGUGCCACUGGAAUCGAUGA